CCACCCCAGAGAGGGAGGGCGGGCGAGCGAGAGAGAGAGAGAGAGCGAGCGAGAGAGAGAGAGAGAGCGAGCGAGAGCGCGCGCGCGAGAGAGAUGGGGAGCUAUUCCUCUGAACCGGAGACAGAAUUCCCUGUUUCGAUCUCAAACCUUAGCCAUAGCGCCUUCCCGGCGCCGAAGAAGAUGCGGGAGCAGCGGAGGGAGACGCCGCCGCCGGUGGCGGGGGAAGAGGAGGAGGAGGAGGUGAUUUUGUUUGAGGGGAGGGUGGGGAGGGAGGAGACAUGGCCGAGGAAGAGCGGCGGGGUGAUGCUGGAGGGCUACGUGGAGGGGUCGGAGGGCGGCGGGGAGGAGGGGUCGGAGGGGUUCGGGAGGACCAAGAGCCUCACGGACGAGGACCUGGAGGAGCUCAAGGGGUGCCUCGACUUGGGGUUUGGGUUCAGCUACGAGGAGAUCCCCGAGCUUUGCAACACCCUGCCGGCCCUCGAGCUCUGCUAUUCCAUGAGCCAGCGGUUCCAGGACGAGCAGCAGCACCGAUCGCCGGAUGGAUCCGGGGAGGCCGUGGAGCAGUGCGCCGCGGUGAGCUCGCUUCCCAUCGCCAAUUGGAGGAUCUCCGAACCUGGGGACCAUCCUGAAGAGGUUAAAGCAAGGCUGAAGUAUUGGGCCCAAGCAGUGGCAUGCACUGUUAGAUUAUGCCGCUAACAGAAGUUGCGUACCUGAAUUCAUCUACUAUCAUGGAUUAUUGUACAUGUAUCAACUUCCGGGGUUUCUUUUUGUAGAGUGAAUCCUCUAAAGAGGCUUCCCAACUUGAUGCCAUCGGGAUGCCUUUAUUCUUUCAACAGAGAUGGUUCUGCCAGAAUUUAAUGCCUAUUGUAUAUAUGGUGGCAUAAGAGAAGAAGAAGAAGAAGAAGAAGAUGAUGAUGAUGAUGAUGAUGAUGAUGAAAAGGAAACAGAGGGGCGAGAUGGUCUGAGAUCUAAGAUUAUAAACUAAUAACAUGUCUGACAAGCAUUUGUUAUGUAUGAUUAACUGUAUGUUGUUUCUUGUAUGAGAAAUAAAAUGAUUAAAUAUUUACCUUCUCCA